AUGUACUCGGCCUCUAAGUCUGAAGAGGAGGCUGACGAGAGACACACCGCGAUCAAGCUCGCCAUCAUCAAACGCGCCCACCCCAGGGACGUUCCAGACGCCAAGCCAGGGCGGAAUCAGUCUUCAGCCCUUCACGAGAUGAAAAAGUCAAUUGGACCCGUCAGGCCAGCCGCCAGCCGUGCCAGCCUGGUGCCCGUCGGCUCGGACAUGCUGUGGUGGACUUGUGGUGACGCCAGGCUCUAUCGAUCUGCUGCUCGCGACCUCACGAUGAUGCACAUGUAG